AUGGAUGAUUAUAAACAAUUAGGUCCUGGUAGAUUUCUGUGCUCGAUAAAAUUUCCAUUUCUUACAAAUGUAUUACAAACAUAUGGAAAAUCAGUCAAUGACUUACUACAAUACCACGAAGCAUCUGACCAUGCUCAACUUUCCCGACUUGUUAAUAGGCCAUUGAAAGAAAUCAAUGAUUACUACAAGACACUCGAACAAGAUCUACAAGUUGAACCAAGCUCCAUCGAAAAAUUACUAGAGUCAGAAUUUAUCAACACUGGUCUACCGAAUAUAGAUACUGAAUUAGGUGGAGGAAUACCAUUAGGUGAAGUAACAGAAGUAUUUGGUGCUAGUGGAUGUGGUAAAUCACAUUUCUUAUUCCAAUUAUUAGCCAAUUGUCGUAAACAAUAUCCCAUGUCUGAAAAUGUCCAUAUAUCAACUGAAUCAUUUUUGGAAACGAAAAGAUUAAAAGAUUUUCUUGGAUCGAAUAAAAAGUCAGAUUUGGAUCUGAUAUCUUAUAUUCAUUGUCAAGAUCUUGAAAGUCAAGAUCAUAUAUUGUACACCCAACUACCGUUGAAACUUAGUCAAAAUAAUGGAAAGACAAAACUAGUGGUUAUUGAUUCAAUAGCUCAACAUUUCCGAAGAGAAGAUUCAAUCAUGAAUUCGACAUAUUUGAAACAGAAAAUAGAAUCACAAGAGUCAGAAUUAGCUGACGAUAAAAUGUUUGAAAAUAUAAAAAGGAGACAGGUUAGCGAAUUGAAAAAAUUUAAUAAAUCGGCCAAGUAUGCAUCCAGAACUGGGAAAUUAUACUAUGUGUGCCUGUUAUUCCAACAUUUAUCAAGAUUAGCACAAGUGUUUAAUAUAGCAGUGGUGGUUAUAAAUCAAGUUAGUGAUUAUCCUUUGAUUUAUGAUAAAGGACCAAUAGAAGCUAACGAUGAAGAGCUUGAGUACCCUUUGAACUUGGAUUUCCAAACAGCGAUAUCUUCCGGUUGGGAUGGUACAUCGAUGUAUCACUUAUUUCCAAACUCAAGUUUAAAUUUAAACCACAGUGAUUUGGAAUCUUUAGAUAUUGAACUUAUGAAAUCUUUUGAUGAUGAUGAUGUUGUUGUCGACAAUGGUUGCAAACGACAGAAGGUCACUUCUACAGGAGAAAUUGUACCCAAACCAACUUUAACGGAUAAAUUAGAAUUACAAAAGGAUUUGAUUUAUAAAUCACAUGAGUUACGAAAUCGAGGCACAAAGAAAAUUGUACCCACAUUAGGUCAUCCAUGGGCAUCUAGAAUUAAAACCAAAAUCAUGUUGAUGAAAACAUAUAAACCUAUUGUGAAAUCAGAAAAGGAGCUAAGUAUAGAAAUACAGGCACGCCUGGAAUCUACAGAACAACUGGCGCCAGAUACGAAUGGGAGGAGAACACGUUCUAAUGAUAUCGAUCAAACAAGUUCAUUGAUUAAAGGUUGGAACGUUGAAAGAUUUGCCAAAGUCGUGUCAUCAGUUAAUAAUUCCGAUUCAAAUAGAUUUAGAAAGUACCAAUUUAUCAUCAACAAACAAGGAUUAGUUGAAAUAAACAUAGACUGA